ACGAGCUUGUCUUCUCUUCCUGCAUUAGUCGUUCAUCCAUUCCGUCACUCAGCAGCCUUGCCCUGGGCCAAGCUUGGUGACAUUGUCACGAAUGGUAACGGGGGUCAGUUCAUUCUAGGAGCUGCUGUCCGCAGCCGACACUCUUUGUCGCUGAUGGUUCCUAAAUCCUCCCCAAUGCCUUUUGCACCGGUAGUCUGCUCCUUAUAUUUUUAGGCCUGAGCGAGGUGAAUUCGCUGAAAAAUUCGGAGGCUGAAAGGAGAGCUAGCUGUCGAGUGGACGUCUUGUGAGUGUGUGUAUGUAAGCAGCCACUAGCAGUAGCGGAGAUCUCUUCUCUCCCAGUGCAGCCAUGGCGGACCUGGAAGCGGUGCUCGCCGAUGUCUCGUACCUGAUGGCGAUGGAGAAAUCCAGGGUCCAAGGUGGCAACACAGGGGGCAUUGGCAAAAAGAAGCUGAACCUUCCUGAUCCGAGUGUUCGGACGGUGAUAGUGAAGCACUUGAUUGCGAGGAACAAGCUGAACUUUGAGCGAUUACUCCAUCAGAGAAUGGGCUAUGAAUUGCUGUGUGAUUUCUGCUGUCCCGAUGGUGCUAGUCACUCAGAGAAGUGUGAACCUCGGUACAUGCUCUUCAGUUUCUAUCGCAGGAUCGUUGUAUAUGAGAAGACGUUCAUGGAAGAGGAGCGUGGUUCCCUGGCACAUGAGAUCUACGACCAGCACAUCAUGCCAUCGUUACUUGUUAGAGAUGAGACUGCGCUGGAGCCCAUCCAUGAUGCAGUGGCGGAGCGGAUACGCAAGGAGAACUUCCCACUCAGCCUGUUCAACCCCUUCAAACCAGGUCUGGAGACGAAACUCAAGGCCCUCGUCUGGGAAGACUUCCUCAAGAGUCAACAGUUUGUCGCCUUCUGCCAGUGGAAAUAUGUCCAGCUCAACCAGCGGGUGACAAUUGAACAUUUCACAAUUCACCGCAUCAUCGGCAGAGGUGGAUUUGGAGAGGUGUUUGGCUGUUGCAAGAGCGACACGGGACAGAUGUUUGCGCUGAAGUGCCUGUGCAAGAAGAGGUUAAAACGCCGCCAUCACGAAAGCUCGGCGGUUCACGAACGCAACAUGCUCGCAAAGGUACACAGUCCGUUCAUAGUGUGUUUGUCGUACGCCUUUCAGACAAACGAGAGGCUCUUUCUCGCCGUCGAUCUCUGCAAUGGUGGUGACCUUCACUAUCACCUUACCCAACAUGGCCCGUUCACGGAGGAUGAGGUGAAAUUUUACGUGGCUGAAAUCUCGCUUGGUCUGGACCACCUUCACUCUCGAAGUAUAGUGUACCGAGAUCUGAAACCAUCCAACAUCUUGCUGACAGACGACGGCCAUUGUCGUAUCUCUGAUCUUGGCCUGGCGGUGAACUUUGCCGAGCAUCGCGUUCGUGAUUCCGUUGGCACCCAUGGUUAUAUGGCACCGGAAGUGUUGAAGAAGGUCCAGUACACGUUUACACCGGAUUGGUUUUCGCUGGGUUGUAUGCUGGUCAGGAUGAGUUCUCAGCACGGAGCGUUCACCUUUGGCUCAUCGAACAAGAAGGAGAUUGAUUCCAACUGCAUGCUCAAGGAUCCGUAUCUUCCACCGGACGCGACCCCCGAAUACCGUGACUUCUUGCUCGGCCUGCUGAAGAAAGACCCGGCUGAGCGACUGGCCUGUAAAGGCGCAGGGCUUGAUGAGCUGCGGCGGCAUGCGUUCAUGACCACUCUCAACUGGGGUCAAGCCAUGUCGGUGCAGUUGGUCCCACCCAUUAUUCCGCCGAGUGAUGAAGUCAACGCCGCAGAAGCGACAUCCAUUGGGCAAUUCAGUGAGGACGAUGUCAAGUCUAUCAAGCUGUCAGAGGAGGAUCAACGACACUACCGGCACUUUGACUGCAUUGUGUCAGACCGGUGGCAGACAGAAGUCUGUGACUCGGUGUUCAAACAACUGACCGCAGACACGAUACGCAGCUUUCAGCGACGCAUCACCAAGUUGAAAUCCAAAGUGUACGACCCUCAGAGCAGUGACGACAACACAGACUGCAUGAUCGACGGGUACCUGAUGAGGCAGACAUCGGUCAUACACGCUUGGAGACGCAAUUACUUCUUUCUCUUUCCCAAUCGACUGGAGUGGAGUGAAGAUCAUAUGGUUCUUCCAUGUGGUCUGAUCCUUGCUGACUCAUUCCGUACCAUAGCCGAGUCCACGCACAAGAACCAGAAGUGCCUGCGCCUCCGUUAUGCCGACAAGACCGAAGUCAAGGAACUUGUCAUCAAGGCUGAUAGUGACAUGGAGUUGGACAUGUGGCAUACGGAAUUGAAGGUUGCAAUCAGCCGGGCGCAGGCCAUGCUCAAGAGCGUUCCCACUAAGGUGCAGUCUGCGCAGAGCAACAGCGGCAUGGGCGCGUUCCGUGCGCUGCGCAAGGCGCUCAGCACGUCCGCGUUCACGUUCGGCCUGGCCAGCUCCAGCUCUAUAUCGAACAGUGUUCCCGGAGGUCCAGCCGCAGCGGCUGCUACAUUAUCCUCACCCGAUGCCAUUAGCGCGGUACUAGUCGCAGUAGCAGAAAGGGUAGCCUGGGCAGCCCCGUGUCCGAUCUCAUUCUGGAGGAUGCCAUGUGCAAGCCUGGCGACGGCUCUAAGCCCUCUUCUCCACGGCCAAGCACACCCACUGUCAAGAUCACCGACAAUGGUGAUGGCAAAUAGAAGAUGUAUCACCACUGGUCAGUGACGUUUCACUCCCUCUCCGUGUGGUGGCGCUUGUUGUUGUCUUCUUCGUUUUGUUCUGCUCUCCGGCGGCGGCGGCGGUCUUGGCUGCUGUCACACUUCUUGUUGUCGAUGGUGUUGUUGCCUUUGCUCUUGACGUGCGAUGUGCCACU